UGUUGCUGCUGUGCGCGCGGUUGAAAGGAGCGCUCCUAAAUCAUCAUCCUCGAGCAUCAGGUGGACACCUCUAGCUACAGCACUGCGUAUGCACUUCAAUCAGGAUAGAAGAGCUCUUUAAUUGUAUUUGGACAGAAAUCUAACGAUUAAUCGCAACUGUGCUUUCCUGUAUGUCAGAAAAUACCGGGUCAAACGCAGAGUAGACCACAGCACAGAAAGGGCAAAAACGCAGAAACGUCUAAAGAACAGCCGCUCCUUCUGCUGUCCCCACGACUCGGCCUGUUUAGCCCGUUCUACCAUCUUUUCCUGUCUUGCCAGCACAUGGGAGAAGAGGGGCUCGGGUCCCGGGGUGCCCCAGACUGAGGGGGUGUCGGCGCUGUGCGGGCCGGCUCUAACUUUAGGCCCCAUCGCCUCAUCGGGGUAUAAAUAAACAGGAUGCUAUGACCAGGGGGAAGGGUGGGGACUAAGUAUAAAGCCCCCUGUCAGAGACACAGACCGAGAACACAAUGGGAAGGAAAAAAAUACAAAUCUCUCGUAUUGUGGACCAGCGCAAUCGUCAGGUGACGUUCACCAAGCGUAAGUUUGGCCUGAUGAAGAAGGCCUAUGAGCUGAGUGUUCUGUGUGACUGUGAGAUCGCCCUUAUCAUCUUCAACAGCACCAACCGUCUGUUCCAGUACGCCAGCACUGACAUGGACAAGGUCCUGCUCAAAUACACUGAGUACAGUGAACCCCACGAGAGCAGGACCAACACUGACAUUUUGGAGACUCUGCGGAGGAAAGGUCUGGGCCUGGAUGGGACUGAGUUGCUGGACACAGAGGAGACCAUGCAGGGAGUUGCCGAGAAGUACAGUCCAGUCAGCGAGGGAAUGGACCUUUCCCUGGCCCGCCAGCGUUACUACUCCCCCUCCGUGCUCUCACCAGAGGCCCAGUUCCUGGUGUCUAGCGGCUGUGAGAAUGGAUACCACAACUCUUCCAACCCCAGCCUGAACUCCCAUAGACCUGCUGCCUUCAGGCCCCUGGGCCCCAGACCAGGCUCAUCUAGCCCUGCUGGGCCCCACACCCACACUGCCUUCAUGUCCCCACACUCAGGUAUUGGCUACUCCAUGUUCUCCCAUGGCAACCUAAGCCGGGCCUUAGACAUGAAGACUCCUCCUUUGAACCUGGGCAGUGAGAACCGACGGACAGAAUGUCACCCGGGCUUAGGUGGCACACGUACCAACAUUAAUAGUGCUAGAGGCCUACUGUACCAGGGCAUGCACCCAGGGAACCACAUGGUGGCUAUGGGGAAGGCAGGUCUGCUGGGCCACAACCUGGGGGGCUAUGGCCUCUCCUCUGCCGGACCCUCUGACUAUAACCACCCAGGUUUCUCCCAUUCUGUGAGUCUACACCGCGGAACAGCAAACCCCUGGCAGACAGCACAUCAGCUGGAGCAGCAGGCACCUCACCUCAGCCCAGCGUUAUCCAGCGGAGGGUGCUCUUUCCCCUCUCAGGUCUCCACCCCAACCACUCCUCCUCACCCCUCCCUCAACCUCAGCAUAAAAUCAGAGCGUGCCUCCCCGGAGCACAUCUGCUCCCCGACCUCUCCACCCCACCACCACCUGAGGCAGCACUCUCCAGUGAGCGCCCCCGAUUCUGUUCACCACACCCCCCAGGAGCCCUACCCAGCCAAUGAGAGACAGGAAUAUCCCAAAGGCAGUGUUCCCUACCCGGCUCAGCAUGGGGGAGAGGAGAAAGGGGGGCUGCCCCUGAGGCAAUUAGAAAUCAGCGAUGGGUGGCAGAGAUAGCUGGCAGCGACUACCACACUCCACCCUCCAUCUGCCCCCCUACCCUUGUUCCAGCCAAGCCUGCCACAUGGUUGCCCGCAUACAGAGAGGAGGAUGGGGAGAUGGGUUUCAUUCAGCCACGUCAUCCCAGAGGGAAGAAAGACCCCCCUUAGAGCGGAGAUGGACUCUUCUCUGCGGGUGAUGUACAUGUGGCACUGCCUCUGUAACCCUGAUUCAGUGAGUAGAUACAGUCUGGGUGUGGUGUCCGUGAUUUGGCAGAAAACACAUCACUCUGGUUGAGCUACAGCCCAGAGCAGAGGGAGUAUCAGUCAUUUAGCCAUAUAGCUUAGAGCACACUGUUUCCGAGUAAUACUUCACAUUCAGGUCCCCAGUUACUGUACAUAUAUAACUUUAAUGUUUUAGCCUUUCGCCCAAAAUCAAUGAAGUGGUCAGUUCACAGGAGACUGAUUAGGGAGCACCAAGGUUUUACUAAUCUACAGUUUCAUGUCUCAAUGGGCAUGGCCUCUGUGAUAAUGAAUGGGAAGCUGGUCUGGAUAAGAAUUGAUUAAAGAAAAAAGUAAAUUGAAUCUGCCCUUAUUAAACAAAAAAUGCUAAA